AUGAUUGAUCAGUUGCCAGUUGCACGACUGUUGGACGUUGCAGCACAAAGAGAAAAUGGCAACAGACAACUUCAAGGACGAUUUGAAGUUGCCCUUGGAAAAGAUAUGACAGUCGAGGAAUAUUCGCCUUCUCAGUGGUCCGAAAGGCUGUCGGCACAGGACAUCAUAUCCGCCCAUGUGGAAUUGGUCAGGAAGCUGUCGGAGGCUUCUCGCACGGAGGUGCCUAACCGCCUAAACGUUUCUUAUGGGUCAGGGGAGAAGAUGGGUUCUGGAUGUGUUUGGAAGAAGAUUUACCAGGAGGUUGCGACGGUGGCUUCCAUUGUAGAGGAAGUGAGGAAGCCAUUGUCUGGACUUUGCAAACUUGCACAAACCCGCGGGAGCAAAGGGGUCGUUCUCUGUGGCCAUUCAGCCGGUGGUCAUUUGGUCUUUUACAUGGAAAUAAAGAACCUCUGGAAAUUGCUAUCUUUUAUCUGUUUUCCACAGGUACUUUCAGUUGCAGGUAAAGGAUCACUAAACGGGAAUAACUUAGCAAAAUACAAAGAUUUGAUCAAAGGCUGCAUUCCCAUCAGUGGGGUCUUUGACCUUAGGCCAUUGGUCAAAACAUACGUAAACGAACCCCUCAACUUAACAGAAUCCUCGGCGUGGGAACUCUCGCCGUUCGCGGGAAUUAGCGAGUUCGCACAAGACUGGCAGAAGUUGACCCUCAUGGUAGCCGUGGGUGAUCAAGAGUCUCCCGAAUUUCAGAGACAAUCGAAGGAAUACUAUCAGAGGUGCCUCCAGGCUGGGAUGAAGACUGAGUUCAUGUUAGUUAAUUCAGCAGAUCAUUUCAACAUUGUGGAA